AUGUGGAAACUGACCAACUUCAUUUCGUCCCUUCUGUUGGUGUUAAUCGCCAGUCUAUUUCAAUCAUCGGCUGCUAGUCGCCGCCAGUUGGUGGGUGGAUAUGGUCCGAUUUCUGAUUUGAGCGACCCGAUGGUUGCAAAUGCCGCCAAGUUUGCCAUUUUGGAACUCUUUGCAAUUGAAAACGAUGAUAUGCCUUAUGAGUUCAUGUCUUCGCUCCAGGGUGAUCAACAAGCCUUUGUACCUAGAGUUGUGAGGGGAUCGGAACAAGUGGUUGCUGGACUCAAUUUGAAAUUGACCUUGAUGGUACUGGAAGUUGUGGAACCAGUCUCUGGGGAAUCCCUUUGUCGAGGGGCCAUGGAAGUACAAAUUUACCUAGCACUGGAUCAAAGCAUGGAAGUGACAGAAUGGGGUGAUGAAUUCACUUGUGACCAAGCACAAGUGCUUCUUGAGGAUCGUUUGAUGGACGAGGAGAAUAAUGAAGGAAAUUAG